UGUGUGUGUGUGUGUGUGUGUGUGUGUGUGUGCGUGUGUGUGUGUGUGUGUGUGUGUGUGUGUGUGUGUGUGUGUAUGUGUGUGUGUGUGUGUGUGUGUGUGUUGAAAAACCUUGGUCUGUGUGUUGUUUGGAUGUUGGGUAGCCAACCUGAGAAAGAGCUGAGCCUAACAGCACCCUUGCACCAUCACAUCUAAAGUCAAAUGGCACAUAACCAAAAAAAUAAAAUAAAACCAAAGCAACAAAAACACAUACACACACACACACACACACACACACACACACACACACACACACACACACACACACACACACACACACACACACACACACACAAACACACACACACACACACACACGCAUGCAUUCAUAUAAUGUUUUACAACUGCCGUUUUGCACACAAAAAAGCAAGAGGUCCUCAGAAGUCUUCAGUCCAGACUUCAAUCCCUAUAGAGAAACCUGUCUGCUCUUUGGUUGUGGGGGAGAAAAUCUUUUGAUCAUGAUAGAGCGAUUGAGAAAAAGGUCAGAGGACAAUAUGAACACAAUUAUAAUGAGCAAGAGAGCGUGCAUUUAAAAAAAAACAUUUUAAAACACUUCAAACAGUCUUUACUUUGUGAUCAAAUGGGGUUUUAAUUUUCUCUCAAUCAAAAGCUUCUGUAGUUUUGUUCGUUCAGCAGAUGCGACGGGUGCAAACCACAAAAACCCAAGUUUCAAGAUCAUGCAGCUCGCAAAAGUGAAAGCCUCAGCGUGAGUCAGGUGGGCGUUAGGAGAAGUCGAGGAUGUUGCAGCGUAGUGCACUGAUCAAACACACGUUCAGGAGGGCAAAACCAGAAAAAAAAUCGGCUGCAACUCAAACCAAAGGCAGUCAGGCCUGACGCACGGGAGGCGUGUCACAAGCGGUGGAGUGGGCAGGAGAUAAUCAUCUGUUCUAACCAGAAGAGAAAAGCAUCAGAGAGGACUGAGCUGAGACAAACUGGUUUUUAAUGUUGAAACGGGAUAAUGACUGAGGCAGGGAUGGGUUUUCAGCCCGAAGAGGAAGAGUUUGACUUUAGCUGUGUGUUUGAGCACAGUGAAGGUGUGCAGCAUGAACAAGAGAGAGAUGCAUACAACUACGCACCAAACGUCAGCCUCGCCCUUCCACUUGGAAUGGGCAACCCAUGUCUGUCGACGCAGUACCACAACCUACAGUCAAGCCCUGUCAUCUCAGUGUCAUUUUGCCACCAGCCCAACUACAGCCUGCAGAAUGACAACCAUGCAGCACCUGAUUACUACCUGCCUCAAGGCUUAAGACCCCAUGGUGCUCCUGCACUGGAGAGCCCUCGUAUAGAGAUCACUGCCUACAGCCAGUACCCAGAGGACGAGGUUGAAGAGAGCGGCGGUGAAAGCCACGCCAUCAAGCGAGGUGUCAAUUCCAUUGUUACGCUGACCCUGCCAAAUGCAGAGGGGUACCGUGACCCUAGCUGUUUAAGCCCAGCGAGUAGCCUAUCCUCACGCAGCUGUAAUUCAGACGCCUCGUCUUAUGAGUCUGGCUUCUACAACUAUGACAACUCCCCACAAAACUCCCCCUGGCAAUCUCCCUGCGUUUCACCUCGAGGGUCAUCCUCACUCCUGUCGUGUCCACAGGCCGUUGGCCCGACAUUCUCCCCUCACCAUUCUCCCUCCAACUCCCCUCAAAUAGGAGCAGUGGCAGAAGAGGGCUGGCCAGCACAACCUUGUGGUUCCAGGCCAAACUCCCCCUCUGGCAGCGGAGGUGGUGGAUGCAACAACAGUAGUGGCAUGGGGAAAAGGAAGUACAGCCUCAGUGGUUCUUCCUACCAUCAGACAUCCCUCUCACCCAACCAGUCGCCCACUCCCUCUCCACACGGCUCUCCCAGGGUCAGCGUCACUGAUGAGAACUGGCUCGCCAACACCAACCAGUACACCAACUCUGCCAUCGUGGCUGCCAUUAAUGCUCUAACUACAGAUGGAGUGGUAGACAUGGGUGAGGGGAUCCCGAUCAAGACACGCAAGACUAUGCUGGAUCUGUCCCCCGCCAUGAGCCUGAAGCUGGAACCCAGUGGUGAGGAUCUGGGUCCAGAUGCUGAGCUCUGCCAUGAGGACUACCCCUCACGCCUGGCCCUUAAAAAGGAGAACUACUGUGGAGGGUUCUUGGAUGUGCCCCAGCAUCCAUACUCCUGGCCUAAACCCAAGCCUUACCUCAGCCCAUCUCUGCCUGCACUUGACUGGCAGCUGCCAUCGUGCUCCGGUCCAUACAACCUUCAGAUUGAGGUGCAGCCUAAGUCCCACCACAGGGCCCAUUACGAGACCGAAGGAAGCCGAGGAGCCGUAAAGGCGCUGUCUGGAGGACACCCUGUGGUGCAGCUUUAUGGCUACAUGGAGAGCGAGCCGCUCACCCUGCAGCUAUUCAUUGGGACCGCAGACGAUCGCCUUCUGCGACCACAUGCCUUCUACCAGGUCCACCGCAUCACGGGCAAAACCGUCUCCACCGCCAGCCAUGAAGUCAUGCAAUCCAACACCAAAAUCCUGGAGAUCCCUCUGCUGCCUGAAAAUAACAUGAGAGCUAUAAUCGAUUGUGCGGGAAUCCUGAAGCUGCGCAAUUCGGACAUCGAGCUACGCAAAGGAGAAACGGACAUCGGGCGGAAAAACACCCGUGUCAGGCUGGUGUUUCGUGUCCACAUCAACCAGUCCAAUGGCAGGACGGUGUCCCUACAGGCUUCUUCGAACCCCAUUGAAUGCUCUCAGCGUUCAGCCCAAGAGCUUCCCUUGGUGGAGAAGCAGAGCGUGGACAGUUACCCUGCAACCGGAGGCAAAAUGAUGCUUCUCAGUGGUCUUAACUUCCUCCCUGAGUCCAAGGUGGUGUUUGUGGAGAAAGCUCAAGAUGGACACCAUCUGUGGGAGACAGAGGGCAAAGUUGACAAGGAUUCUGUCAAAUCUGGUUCUCUUGUUGUGGAGAUCCCACCUUACAGGAACCAGAGGAUAUCCAGCCCAGUGCACGUGAACUUCUACAUCUGCAACGGCAAGAGGAAGAGAAGCCAGUACCAACGCUUCACCUACCUGCCCCCAAAUGUGCCGAUGAUAAAAACCGAACCUAAUGACGAGUAUGAUUCUCUGGGAACCGUUGGGCUGUCCAUGCAUUCAAAGACCUUCUACAGCAAGCCCAGGCUCACUUCCAUCUUGCCCGUUGACGAUCCUGACACCUGCCUAGUUGGUGGCUACGCUCCUUGCCCCCCUCGACAUGCCACCAUGCCUCCAUCCUCUCCAAGCUCAAGCCCUAGUUUGCACGAUCUGUCCCCUGUAACAUACAGCAAGUGCCUCCCCAACAGCCCCAUCCAAGAGGCCCCACCAGGCACUGUUGUGGCUCCCAUUCAGGAGACCCAUUGCUGCCCCAGUCUUGCUCACCCAACGUCACCCGACAACACUUCCCUAGGGAUGCUCCACUCCCAGGGUAGCCCCAACCACCUCAGCAGUCCUGGACCCCAAAGUUACCACCAAUCUAUAUAUGCCAACAGCAGCUCUUCAUCCUCCCCAGUCUCUCACCCCUCCACUCCCGUUGGAACAGCAGAGAGUCCAUUUCAAGCCUACAGUCCCAGUCAGGCCCAGGCAGCUGGCAGCUCAGCCCAAGCUGUAGGCAGCCCACCCAGUCUGCUACCUGAAGAUGCCAGUCCCCCGUCAACAGCCAUCACUGUCAAGCAAGAGCCCCAAGAACUGGACCAGAUGUACCUAGAUGAUGUGAACGAGAUCAUCAAGAAUGACCUCUCCGCCAUUUCUGUUCACACGCAUGCAUAGACAUCCAGUCUUCUGCUUCACACACACACACACACACACACACACACACACACACACACACACACACACACACACACACCUGCUGCAAGAGGACGAAAAAGGCUGCAAUCCAGAAUAUGAAGAUAGGAUCUCCUAUCAUCACCUGCUCAGACACCUGCUGCAGACUCACACUGACAAUCACAGCAGGCUCAAUUUCAAUAAAAGGGUUACAUCUUUUAAAGAAGGGAAGUGAUAUCAGGGGCAAAGUAUGAGACUACACUUGUCUUUAUGCACAGCAGAUGUUUUUAGUGGACCAAGCAACUCAGUGACUGCAUUACUCUUCUACAAAUGACAAUCUUCAUUUCAUCUAAGGUUGCUAUGUUCAUGCAUGGACACGCUAAUGGGACAGCGAGUGUCGAGCUUCAUCAUCGGUUCCUUUUGUUUGUGCAGCUACAACUAAACUGGUGCCUUACAGCAGUGACACGUGCAAGCGAGACCCAAAGCCGAAGUUUUUAUACGGCUCUUUUGUAUCAUUUCAAGGAUUUGUUUACAGGAAAAUGGAAUAAAGAAAAGGAAAAUGUGUUAGGGGUAUGUGAAUACAUGAUAGUUACAUAUUUCUUGUUUCAUCGUUAUUAUUAAUAUUAUUACCACUGUUCAUUUAUGCUGAAUGUUCUGUAUGAUAUCCUUUUGUAUAAACAUGUCUGAUAAAAUAUGUAUGCCUUAAGCUCAUAUCAUAAAUAUUUUCUACUUAAGCAUUCCACUCUUCCCUCCGUCUUCCCCUCCACGUGUUUUUCAUCCUGCGUUUUGCUUUUCACCUUAGUGCCUAUUUUUGAUUCCCCUCAUUGCCAUUUCUUCAAGUCCUUGACUCAGAUUUAGUCAUACAGAUGCAAAGACAAUCAGAUAACAUCGCUAAAUCUAAUGACAAAGUCUCUUUAUCACAGGGACUUAUAAAAGCAGGUGGCAAAGGCUUUUCCUCCAAGCAGUGAAACAGAUGAACGAUGCCUGCCUGCCGAACUUAAACAAGAAUACCACCAGUUACGUCUUGAACUGCAGGUUUUCCUGCAGUAAGGUAAAAGUUUUUUUUCUACAUUUGUUACAAAUUCAUUUCCAGUGACCCGUGUGAUUUCACUGAGGAGUUGGCAAGACUGUUACUUACCUGCAGCUGGCAAUAAUUGGUCUUAGUUAACCAAAGGAUUUUAUCUUUGGUGAAAUUAUUGUCCAAAGCUUUCUUCUUCUGUGUGAAACGUUUAGCAUAGCACAAUUCCCCAGAUAUUAAACGUUGUGCACUUUACAGCAGAAACAAAGCAGAAUUUCUUGCCUUCAGACCAAAUCUUAUGGAGUGAUUUCCUCAGCUGUGUCAAACUUACUCUAACCAUACAAAGCUGCUGCCUUUCUGUGUUGUUUUGUCUUUAGGGGCAUGCGCACCAAUCUAAUGACGGACAUCAUUUAGCUGAGAUUAGUUUUCAGAAUAGCUUUCUGAUACCUUUUUGAACAUAAUCUGUCAGAGCAUGAGUAAACUGUAUGAAUACUCUUCCUAUUCUGUGCCUUACUCUCUUUUAUGGCUUAAAAACUAUUGCAACUGUGUAAUGCUUUAUUUCUGUAUAGGCACAAGGUGAAAUGUCUUUAAUAUGACAUAUUUAUGAAAAAUAAAAUUUGUCUAAAGUGAAUUUAAUUAACGUGUUCUUUGAAAUUGAAUGAAUAAAUAAAUAAAUGGCAGACUGGUGACCAAAAAUAUUCUGGUGUUAAUGAUUUAUUCUGAUAGCAAAAUGUGGCAAAGAGGCUUUAUCAUUUUAUAAAUAUGAAGUAUCAAACUCAACAUGUCCUUUCAGUUUUCGUCGAGAAUAGCUAAUGAGACAGUGCUGCUGUUGCAAUUUAUAGCUUGAAUUAAAGGCAUCGGUGAUGAGAAAACAGCAUUGCUAAGCAACAAGAAUGGCAUCAGAAGAAGAGUUGGUAACACUGAACAGUAAGGGUCCCUUAUUAACGUUACUUAGUGGAUUAUUAAGCAUUAACAAACAAAGGAUCCCUUUAUUGUGUUUUUAAGGAUAGGACAAAUGGUCGGGCGGUGUCUGAUAAUGAUGCAUUACUUAAUAUUGGGCAGUUACUAAUAUUUUUUUAAUUAAUUUAUUAUCGCUUAAUAAUUCUCUAAGUAACGCUAAUACAGGGCCCCUAUAGUGAAGUGUUACCAAAGAGUUGUACAUUAAAAGAAGUGCUGGAGAGGAAUUACAUUUUGUAGUUUACCUCAGAAAUACAGACUGAAAGUUACCCCUUGUGGCUUCUAGGUCUGGCCACCAUGGAAGUGUUGAUUUGUAUAACGUCCCCCAGCUCUCUAGGAGUGAUGUGGUGGACGCUGUAAUGAAAACGUGUGAGGUAGAAAUAAUAACAGAGUAGUGUGUCACUAAAACAAGGAUUUCGUUACAAAACUCAGGUGGACUAAAAGUAUUUACAAUAAAAAAGGGAUAUCUUUAUAAGAAAACAAAGGAUCUAAGUACAAAAGGUUCUAACAGAAAGCGCCAGCCCAAAAGGGGCUGGGAAUACUAACAUAAAUAGUCCAACUAAAAUCCACAACUUAAACGGGAGCAGUCCUGUUAAGCAGAGACGCUCUGACAAGGCCAAAUCAAACUGUAUGUUCAAGGGUCGAGUUUACCAACGAAGCUAAUCAAAAUGUGUGCACGCGAGGAGAAGAGAGAAAUGGAAACCUUCCAUGCCCACACUUCCCUGCAACCUUCUCGCCGUCUCAGCCCAGGUGACGUCCUUUUACCAGCUGUGCUGAUGAUUGGAAUCACGUACAGCUGGGCAACCAGAGGAAGGAGCCAGGUGAGAAUGGUGCUACUGAGGCCAUCUAGUGGCCGGAAAGGGGAGUGCCUGUAACGCCCCACCCCUUAAGAAAACAGAGGGCAAGUUUAGCAUACAGGGCCGACAUUUGUUUUAAAUCUUGAGGACUACAGCUAACUCAAAAAUAAAACUAACUAACUCACCCUAGUCUUCAUGAAAACGUGAUGGCGGGUGAAUUAAACACAAAUUACCAGCAGUACUGAUCCCCAGUACUGCGGAGUGUUCCCGAGAUGUCUGUG